AUGCCUCUACCCGAGGGCGUCAACGAGAUGGGCUUUACCGGGGCGCUUACUGAGAGUGCGGUCGAGGUGACCCAGUGUGAGAUGAACGACAUUCUCGUACCUACUGAGGUAAAAAUUGUCUUUAAAGGAGUUGCUUCCAACACUGAGACCGCAAGUGAAGGGCUCAUGGCUGAGUACCACGGCCACAUCUUCGGAGAGUCCAGGCAAUGUCCGAUCUUCGAGGUUAAGACAAUUACAUACCGUAAUGACCCGAUUAUUCCCAUCUGCAUCACAGAAAGAACGCCAGAGAAGAUUGAGACUGAUGAGGACUCAUGCAAGCGGCUGAAUUCCCUACAAUCUGCCAAGACGCAGUUUUGCAACAAAGUUGGCCAUGUCGCCUUUGCAUCUAAGCCCGGCUUCUACAUCCCGACCAUUUACCUGAUGGGAGACGACAUUGAUCCUACCAACCUUAAGGACGUGAUCUGGGCUGCUGCUACGCGGUGUCAACAACGCGCAAACAACUUCGUCUUUGGCGAGUGCCAUGCCUCUUUCUGA